AUCAUUUUCCAAUGGAUGUUCUGUCAAUUCCAUAUUCAGGGUUAUUUGAAGAGGAGGCCGAACUUCGUAGAAGAAUAUCCACAUAGAAAAAUAUUUAAUUAAAAUCUAUACAAUAUGAAAGUUCCAUUUGGCAAGAAACACGCUGAAAUCGCCACAUCCUUCGUUGGCUCGGCCGUCGGCUUUGGUGGUGCCGCUUCUUUGGGACUCUUGUACUUCACUGACUGGAAGUUGGUAUUGCAAUAUGUGCCAUUCUAUGGUUCGAAAUUCGAAAAAUCCGAAUAAAUGUGUUCUUUGACUUCAGUAGCUUGUAAUUUAUGCUAUUAAUAUGCAAUAAAUUUAAUUCACCAUAA